AUGUCAUUUGGAGUUCCUUUAUCACAAUUAAUUGUAGAGAAACCCGAGCCAUUAACUACAGGAAACUCAACAUUAGAUGAUAUAUUAGGUGGAGGAUUUCAAAGUGGUAAUAUAUAUGAAGUUUAUGGACCACCAGGUAUUGGUAAGACACGAUUUGGUAUUAAUUUAAUUAAAAAUUCUUUAAAACGAUCAAAUGAAGAUUCAAUAUUAUGGAUUGAAACAUUUAUACCAUUACCAAAUAAUUUAAUAUCAAAUGAAAUAAAUAAUAAUAUUUAUAAUGUCAAAAUUUCAAAAUUUACAGAAUUAUUAGUAUUUUUCACAAAAUUAAUUUCAACAAAUGAUUAUAAAUUAAUUAUAAUUGAUGGAUUUUCACAAUUAUUAGUUAAUCAUUUAAAUUCAUUAAUUACGAGAGAUAAAUUAUCAAUAAAUCAAGGGAUUUCAAAUAAAUUAAAUAUUCAUGGGUUAAAAUGUCGAGAUUUAAUUCUUCUAUUUAGUACAAUGACGAAGUAUGCAAAUAAACAUAACAGUAUAAUAAUACUACUUAAUAAUUGUAUGAAUACAUCAUAUCAAACGGGGUUAUUAACUACAAGUAAUAAUAUUAAUAACGAUUUUUACGAAAAUACAUUUGAAGUAAUUGGAGAUGGUAGUAAUUUUUUUGUAUCAUCUACUAUUAGUAACAAUAAUUUAAAUGAAAAUAAUUCAUUAUUUAAUAGAAAUAAUAGUAUUGGGAAGAGAAAUGUUCAAAUGUUAAAGAGUGCAUUAGUUGCAAAUUCUGGUAUGGGAUCAAAGGAUUCCAAAUGGGAGAUUUUUUUAAGGGCAAGGAUUGCAUUACUUUGGGAUUGGAGUCAUCGACAAGAAGAUACUAAUAGUUUAACAAAGAAAUCUAAGAUUCCGAAAAGGACAAGAGUAGCAGUAGUAUGUGAUGAUCUAGACUCAAGGGAUAAUAAGAUUAAUAAACCAAUUGGGCAAAUUAUUGAAUUCCCAAUCAAUUGGGAAUUCAAUAACGACAAAAAUAGUAAUAAUCUUUUAAGUAAUUCGAUGAUUGACCCAUCUAUUAGUACAGAUGUUGAUUCAAUAUCAUCACCAAUACCUAGAGGUCAAUGUACACAGCUAUCAUCGACAUCAUCAUCAGUUCUAUUAGCAGAAACACAAAAUAAUAGUAAUGAUGAUGACAUAGUCGGAGAUAGUGAAGAUGAAAGCAAUAAUAAUAUUCUGAUUUGA